AUGGGCAAGGUAGCCCGAACUUGCAAGGAAUUUCACUCGAUUAUGACGCCCCGUCUUCACAGACGUGUUGCUUACAAAGUCGAAGAUGAUGCCCAAUUACCCCAAUUUAUUCGAUUGAUCCAGCGUUACCUCAGUGUGACACAGAAUCGGAAACUGAGAUCACAGUGCCGUUGUGAGGGCCAGCGGGACGGGGUUCCCUACGGGUCCGACCUGGGAGCUAAUCCGCCGUGCGCGGGUUAUGUGCGUGAGAUGAUCAUUGGUCAUAUUUUCACAGGGAGGAAGGGCAAAUAUAUGGUCUACCGGUAUCUGGAAGAGGCGCUCAAGAGCAUGCACGGGUUAGAAAUCGUGGGGCUGUGGGGAAUAACAAGGUACGUGAUGCCAUCGGGUCCGAGUUCGUCGAGGGCAAAAGCUGACUGGUUCUGCCGUACCCCAAGCGCAAUGGCAAAAGACCUUGCAGGACUCCCCAACCUCAAAGCCCUUUCACUGACUGCCCAAGAGGUAAGAGUUGGGGACAACAUCACUGCCUUGGCAAGCGUGAAGAAUCUCCAGCACUUCAGAAUACGGGCCUGGAACCCCGUCAGAGAAUUUGAAGAGGCCACACGGGCAAUUCUUCUCAACUCUAGGUUGACUUUGCGAAGUUUGGUCAUCCUGAACCCCGGUCAUGAGACCGCCGGUUACCAUUUUGGGUUCCUCGAUGAUUGGCAGAGGGAAUUUGGUUCAGGCAGCCAGACACCAUAUUUCCCCGCUCUGCAGUCUCUGCACCUGAGUGGCUUGAAGGGGUCCGACGAGGGCCUGAAGCGAGCUUUUGAAAACGCCUUUGAUUUCAUGAGUUUACGGUCACUAACCCUGGACCGAAUCUAUAAUGGUAGAAGCGCACUCUACCGCCAUCUGGCGGACCUGGCCGCUAGAACCCCUAAGGAAGACAUCAAAUUACGAAGCUUCCAGAUGGAUCAUCAUUCAGAUGCUACCUUCGACGAACAGAAAGAUGACAUGGAAACGUUGUGCAGGUUUCUUGGCUCCUUUGAUACCCUCACCAAUCUUCACUUGGUCGAGUACAACAAGUAUCCCGCUGCAGGGCAUGAUAAAGGCGAUCUUCCUUAUCCACUGCACCAGGCGAUCCUCAAGCAUAGGGAUCUAACCAGCUUGGUUUUGCACUCUCGAGCCCCUUACGUUAUGAUGCUGAUGGAAGCUUUUAUCUCUCCAAAAGUCAUCGCAACCAUCAUGGACAGCUUGCCUCGGUUGGAGGAAUUUGAAUUCGCAGCACGUUCUCUAGAGAUGGCCCAAGUAGGAGAAGCUCUAGCCCGCGCAAAGAACCUAAAGACCCUAUCUGUUACGCAAAUCCGUGGGCUGACCGUGCCCGAGCCCGAGGCGCUUGUGACGAAAAUUGUCACGGGUGUUCUGGACAGUAGAGGCGGUGGUUCUGCUGGAGACGAACCAUUUCGUUGGUACAAUCACAGUAGGCUUAGGCGAAUCAUUACUGAUCGCAAGCGCACUUUUGAUAUCGCCUCUGAAUUUUGGGAGGUCAAGGAUAGGAGAGUCAAGAAGCCUUUCAGUAUCCGCGGCUUGCGGAAUACGGAGCACGAGGUUUUGUGUCGAGAUGUGACCGCAUUGCUUGCUAAGGAUUCUCCAUUUGUCCCCGACUGUGACUGGGCAGAUGAUGUCGCCCGCGACAUGAUCUAG